AAUGGCGUAAAUAGCAGUAAGUCUGGAUGUGCGGAUUACAAAGAGUGUCGCCGAUUUGAUAAAUUAUUUCGACAAUCAAAAAGAAAUGUCGAAUCGUGAUCCGGACAAUUUAAUGGCUACGAACGAUGAAAAUUUCGAUUAUUUAUUCAAAAUUGUACUUAUUGGCGAUUGUGGUACAGGAAAAACAUGUGUUGUUCAAAGAUUUCGAUCUGGCACAUUUAUCGAAAGGCAUGGAAAUACAAUUGGUGUAGAUUUUUCCAUGAAAACUGUACUCAUUGAUGAUAAGAAAGUUAAAUUACAAAUAUGGGAUACAGCUGGUCAAGAGAGAUUUCGUACAAUAACUCAAAGUUAUUAUAGAUCUGCUAAUGGUGUUAUUGUAGUUUAUGAUAUUACAAAGAGAUCUACAUUUUUAAGUUUACAACAUUGGGUUGAAGAAGUACGAAGGUAUACUUCAUCACAUGUGUUAUUGAUCUUAGUUGGUAACAAAUGUGAUUUAGAAAAUUUACGAGAAGUUGAGAAAGGUGAGGCAGAAGCUCUUUGUCAGUAUCUUCCUGAAGUGCUACAAAUAGUGGAAACAUCAGCCAAAGAAAAUACCAAUAUAGAUUCUGUAUUUUUCUAUCUGGCAUCUGAGCUUAAAAGAAGACAUGAAAAUCGCCAAAUAAAUGCUAAUGAAGAUGAAAUUGUUAGACUUGGUGCAAGUAGAAAAUUAACUUCGUGUUCAAGUUGUUCAUAUAAAAUAUUUUAG